AUGCCAAAUGGCGUCGGUGGCACUCUCUCUGCGCGGAAAAGAGCAUUCAAGGCGUGCCAGAGAUGCAACAGCCGCAAGGUGAAAUGUGACGCCGCGCGGACAGGUCUGCCGUGCACCAGAUGCCGCGUCGACGGCGUCGAAGGAUGCGCCUUCAUCACCUCUCGCCGAGGUACCUAUGAUCGCGGGCGGUCGCAAUCAAACGCUCCUACAGGCGACUCAUCCAUGAGUCACCCUGCAGACGAUCCUAUCACUGGGGAGUCUCCAGCCGCAGAAGACAGACCUAGCACUUCGGCAGCAUCUGAGCCAGAUCCUGCUUCGGCUCUGGCCUCAGUCAUUCCGUCCUCGGGUCAGGGUCAAGAUAGUACUCGGUCACAGGGCAUUGGGGAACCGGAAGAGGCCAGGAGCAAUUCUCUCGCCUUGAUGUUCGAAAACUUCCUGAGACAGCAAGGUCGUGAUGCGGAAGGACUUGUGGGCAAACACGGCUUCGUCCUGUUGGGAGACUCCUCUCCACUGACGUUUGCCCUGAAAGAAUUCAUGCCUGAAAAGCGAGAUGGAAUCCGCUCAGAACAACGAGCGAUGGGCGACGGCGAGGUAGCGAGGUCUCACGAACGGUCCGCCCACCCGUCACAUUUAUCCCCAGCAGAUAUUGCUUACCUACAGGCCAAGGGGGCCUUCCAUUCACCCAACCCAGAAUGCCUACGUGCUUUGGUCGAUGCUUUCAUCGGCAAGUUCUAUCCCCUGUAUUCGAUUGUGAACAAGGCCGAUUUCCUCGAACAGCAUCGGUCAGGCACGAUCCCCUGGAUCUUGUUGCAUGCAGCAAGUCUGAUUGGUGCCGCUUACUGUGAUCUGACAGUCAUCAAAAGUGCAGGAUUCAAGACCCGCCAAAGCGCACGGCGGUUCUUCUACGAUAAGGCCAAGGUGCUCUAUGAUGUGGGCUACGAGACCAACAGUGUGGUGCUGUUACAAGCCAUUAUAAUACUGACGUUCUGGGGCCCUGACAUGAAGAGUUACUGGAAUCCAUGCUCUUGGGUCGGUGUCGCUGUGACGAUUGCUGAAUCCCUGGGGAUCCAUCGCUCGACCGCCUCCUUGCCAUCUCACCAAGACAAAGGCUUACUGAGGCGAAUGUGGUGGACGAUUGCGGUUCGGGAUGCAUAUUGCGGGACCCUCCUAGGCCGACCUUUCAGAGUUAAUAUGAGCCAUUGCGAUACUCCGAUGUUAACCAUGGAUGAUUUCACCACCGAGCAGGGACAGAAUGUGCUCAUGGAUGAUCGUCGUCUUUCCGCCUUGUAUCAGAUCCAGCUCGCCAAACUAUCCCUCAUCUUGCGCCACAUCACGAACGCGCGUUCCAACCCAGGGUUUUCGUCGACUCCCCAGACUCUGCACGAGAUGCUCGAUCACUGGCGAAGUGACCUGCCAACUGAAAUCAACUGGUCAGACUCGGGACCAUCGACGUCAAUGUUUGCCGAAAGCCUCAAAAUCUUAUUUCACCACCAUGUCAUCUUCAUCUAUCUUGCUCGUCGAGAUAUUUUGUCUCAUGAUGGCACGCCGGGACUAGGUCCAGAAGCCGCGACCUGUGAAAUAGCGGAGUCCGCUGCCCAGACGAUCUCGUCAACAGCCCUUUACCUUAUGACGAAGUCAAUGGUUCAUUCUAUGCCACAAGAAGUGUUUCCGGCCUUCUUCGUCGCAGGAAUCGUCUUUUACAGAUUUAUCCGCAGAUCAUCACCUCUCAUCGCACAAUUAGGCCAAGCAGCCCUUGACAAUUGUCAGAUUGUCUUGAACGAAGUUCGAGAUUGUUGGGACCCUGCGUUCUGGGGCCUGCAAAUUUUCGAAUUUCUCCAAGCCGGGAUCAAAAAGAACAAGGCGUCCGAUGAGGCGACCGCCACCGCUGAAUCCCCGACUAGCCAGUCUGCCAUGGAAGGGCUCGUGAACAACCAAAGAGUUGAGAACAUUAUGUCAACUCCAGAAUACUACGCGCUGCAGAAUACAUUCGAAAUGGGCUCGGCUAUCCACAAUUUUCAGAAUGCUGCUCAACAGAGACAGCUUGACAUGACUUUGCAGACGCAACUAUAUGACCGCUUUUUGGAUCCGGACAAUUACUUUCUGAUGCCAACCUCUCUCGGAACAUCAGAAUACACAUUGGACCCAUCUCAAUGGUGA